AUGAGUGGACAUCUUCCUACACGCAUUAAGAAGGAGACAGAAAGACUCCAAAAGGAGCCUGUCGAUGGCAUCAAGAUAGCAAUUGAUGACUCGAACGCUCGAUAUUUUCAUGUCAUUGUCGAAGGCCCAAAGGAUUGUCCAUAUGAGAAUGGUUUUUUCAAACUACAGCUAUUUCUUCCAGAAGAUUACCCUAUGGCUGCUCCCAAAUGCCUUUUUAUAACCAAAAUCUAUCACCCGAACAUUGACAAUCUGGGUCGCAUUUGUCUCGACAUAUUAAAAGACAAAUGGAGUCCAGCCCUUCAAAUCCGGACGGUGCUUCUGUCGAUUCGGGCCCUUUUGGGUGCUCCUAACCCGGAUGAUCCUCUCGCAAAUGAUGUUGCUAGUCAGUGGAAAGCAGAUGAGGCUCAAGCUAUUAAAACCGCUCGCGAAUGGACUCGUCUGUAUGCCAGUCGAAGUAAUCUUGGUGACACUUCCGACUUCCGCUAG